AUGGCAGUUGCAGAUUCCAAAUAUCGAUUUGUGUACACUGACGUUGGGAGUUAUGGUAAAGACUGUGAUUCUUCAGUGUUUAAGAGGUCUAGUUUGUGGAAGCCAAUAGAAAAUGAUGAACAACAAUUGCCAGAAGCAAAAUCUUUGCCUGGAAUAGACAGUCCAAAACUACCUUACUUCUUCAUUGGAGACGAAGCCUUUGGUUUACAUAAACAUUUACUGAGACCUUUUGGUGGAACACAUCUGACAGUCGAUAAAAGAAUUUUUAACUAUCGACUAUCUAGAGCAAGAAGAUUUGUUGAAUGCUCUUUUGGGAUCCUCACAAAUAAGUGGCGGAUAUUUCAUCGACCAAUUAAUGUACAACCAGAAUUUGCUGUCAAAAUUGUAAAUGCUUGCAUUGUUUUACAUAAUUUUGUACUUGAGAGGGAUGGAUAUAACGAUUUGGAUACAAUGUCAAUCACAGGUUUGUCAGAUAUAUCUGAUGAGAGUAACGUACGAGGAGGCCUUACACCAAAUAACAUAAGAAAUACAUUGUGUAAAUAUCUUGUUUCUGACGUCGGAAGUCUACCAUGGCUAAUGUCGAAAAUAUAA